AUGGACGGCGCCGGGAGGAGGAGGAGGACGACGACGGCGUGCGUGACCGGCGCGGGCGGCUUCGUGGCCUCGUGGCUCGUCAAGCUGCUCCUCUCCCGCGGCGGCGGCCGCUACGCCGUCCACGGCACCGUCCGUGACCCCGGCGACGCCAAGAACGCGCACCUGGCGGCGCUGGACGGCGCCGCGGAGAGGCUGCGGCUGUUCAAGGCCGACCUGCUGGACUACGGCAGCAUGGCGGCGGCCAUUGCCGGCUGCGACGCCGUCUUCCACGUCGCCUGCCCCGUCCUCGCCAACCACACCCCCAACCCCGAGGCUGAUUUAAUUGCCCCUGCUGUGACUGGCACGAUGAACGUCCUGAAAGCUUGCUCCGAAGCUAAGGUCAAGAGGGUUGUGAUGGUGUCCUCCGUCGCUGCCGUCAUGGUGAACCCCAGCUGGCCGGAAGGCAAGCCCAUGGAUGAAGACUGCUGGUCUGACGUCGACUACUGCAGAACCACAGAGAAUUGGUACUACCUUUCCAAAACACUGGCAGAGCUUCAGGCCUUGGAUUACGCAAAGAGAAGCGGACUAGAUGUCGUGACAGUCUGCCCGUCCUUGGUGAUCGGGCCCUUGCUGCAACCUACGGUGAACGCGAGCAGUUCGGUCAUAGUUGUUUUCUUGAAAGGUGAUAAUGAGGUAAAGAGCAAAAUCAGAAACUUCGUGGAUGUUCGAGACGUUGCCGAUUCUCUCAUCUUGGUGUAUGAAACCCCAGAGGUCUCCGGACGUUAUGUAUGCAGUUCACAUGCAAGCAAGGUCUCUGAUGUCAUUGACCUGCUGAAGGGCAUGUAUCCUGCUUACAAAUUUGCCAACAAGUUUGUCCAAGUGGAUGACGAGCCCUCAUUUAGUUCAACGAAGCUUGAGAUGCUGGGCUGGAAAAUCAAGCCACUUGAGGAGACCCUCAGGGACAGUGUCGAAUCAUACAAGGUUGCAUCUGUCCUGGAUUAA